UUUCCAUUGACAUUUCACUCCAACAUCAGGCUACAUAGGACCAUAUGACCACCUCAUAUCAACACUACCUACAGAAGAAUCAGAUCACAAGACACGGGCCGCUACUACCCAGUUUCACCGGCGGCGGACGAAAACCUAAGCGCGCUCCCCUCGGAUGCGGCAGACGAGCUGGAUGUCCUUGGGCAUGAUGGUGACGCGCUUGGCGUGGAUGGCGCAAAGGUUGGUGUCCUCGAAGAGCCCGACGAGGUACGCCUCGGCGGCCUCCUGCAGAGCGGAGACGGCGGAGCUCUGGAACCUGAGGUCGGUCUUGAAGUCCUGCGCGAUCUCGCGGACGAGGCGCUGGAAGGGGAGCUUGCGGAUGAGCAGCUCCGUGCUCUUCUGGUACUUGCGGACCCGUACAAUGGGGAUCCAUAUGCAAAGGAAUUCGGUGUAACUUUUGAGAACAAACUCACAAUAAUUAAGGGUCGUGUGCUACCUCCUCCUAUGCUGAAAUUUGGUGACCAAGGCAAGGAGAAGGUAUUCUGGCCGAAAGUUGGCAAGUGGAAUAUGCGGUCUAAGAAAAUGGUCGAUGGAGGAGCAGUUAACACCUGGACAUGCAUUAACUUCGCUUCAGACAUCAUGCGUGCUACUGCUGUGGCUUUUUGUGAUGAACUGGCUGUGAUGUGCCUAGUCUCUGGAAUGAACUUUAGGGGUGACCCUGUGCUCCCUGUAGUGAAUGCUAGACCUAAGUACGUAGAAUCAGCUCUCAAGAAACAUCAUAAACGUGUCAUGAAGAUACUCAGACCACAGGGAAAAGAACUUGAUCUGCUGAUUGUAAUACUGCCCGGCAACAAUGGCCCUCUUUAUGGUGAUAUCAAAAGAAUAUGUGAGACGGAUAUUGUGCUGGUCUCUCAAUGUUGUCUUGCAAAGCAUGUUUUACCGAUGAAACCACGGUAUCUUGCAAAUAUUGCCCUUAAAAUUAAUGCUAAGGUAUGUUGUGUUCUAUUAGCAUUUUCAGGCUGGUUGUGCAGUACUUCACAUUGCUUUGAUUUAUAGGUAGGGGGGAAGAAAUACUGUACUUGUUGAUGCUGUGGAAAGGAAUCUCCCACGUGUUGGUAACACACCAACUAUUAUAUUUGGUGCCGAUGUUAGCCAUCCUCAUCCUCGAGAAGGACCUUAUAGUCCUUCCAUUGCAGCCAUAAGGGCAUAUAACAUCAUUCAAGUUGCCAGACUAUGUAAGUAAUAUCUUCAACAAUUUCAUGUUUUGUGAAGGUUGUAGCUUCUCAAGACUGGCCGGAGGUCACCAAGUAUGCUGGAUCAGUCCGGCCACAAGAACAGUGUCUCUUUAACAAAAAUGACUGUUAAAAGUGGAUGUAUGCCUGGCAGAAUGAUCAAAGAACAUCUCAUUUCUUUCAUGAGGGCGACCGGACAUAUACCUGGGAGGAUCAUAUUUUACAGGGAUGUUGUAAGCAAAGAAAAGCUCAAUCAGGUUCUUGAGCAUGAACUUUCUGCCAUUAAAAAGGCAUGUGCUUCGGUCGAUCCAAUUUACAAUCCACAAGUUACCAUUAUUAUGGUUCAGAGACGUCAUCACACACGUUUGUUUUCUGGUAACUAUGGCACUGGGAGCACAGUUUUCCGAAGUGGAAAUGUAUUGCCUGGUACUGUGGUUGAUAACGAAAUAUGCCAUCCCACCGACUUUGAUUUUUACCUGUGUAGCCAUGCUGGCACUAAGGGAGUUAGCCGGCCUGUACGUUAUCAUGUUCUGUGGGACGAGAAUAGCUUUACGGCUAAUGCUAUCCAAUCUCUCACAAACCAUCUAUGCUACACGUACGCGAGGUGCACCUCCUCUGUUUCUGUAGUGCCUCCGGUCUACUACGCCCAUCUUUUGGCAUCCCGCGCUUGGCUUUAUAUCAAACCAGGGGAUACGGGUGAGCUGUAAUUCCCUGAGAUCAAGGACAAUGUGAAAAACAGUGGCAUGUUCUUCUGCUAAAGUGCGGGGGCAGCUUUCCAAGUGUUUGUGGUGGAGUCG